GCCACCUCAACCAAAGGCUUGAGAGGAGUCGAAGAGAGAGGGACAUCAAAUGUAGACAGACGACUGGAAGCUAAUGAUGAUGGAGAACAGCCACACCUGUCAACCACAAGCCCACCUGUCAAGAGGCCAACAAAGACUGCAACUAAAAGACAUGAUGAUGAUGGGAGUUAUGAUGAUGGGGAUGGAGAGGUGCGACAACAGACCGCCAGAAGACCACCUAUUAAGAGACAAAAGAAGACUGCAGCUAAAGGACAGGAUGAUGGGAGUGAUGAUGAUGGAGAUGGAGAACAGCCACACCUGUCAACCACAAGCUCACCUGUCAAGAGGCCAAAGAAGACUGCAACUAAAAGAAGGCAUGAUGAGAGUGAUGAUGAGAGUGAUGAUGAUGGGUGUACACUCUUGGAAUCCCUUCGCAAUAAGGGAGACUGGCAACAUAAUAUUAAGGUCUUAGAAGAAGGAAAUGGGGAGACAGUAACAUGGAGACAGCCCACUGAGAAGGCUUCUGUACAGGCCUACCUACCAUGCAAACACUGUUAUGCAAUGUUCAAGAGGACUGAACUCUGGAGACAUGGGAGGUCAUGUGGAGAAAGGAAUCGGGAAACGGGGAAAGGCAAAAGAAGAAGAGUACAAAAAGCUUCCUCACAACUUCUUCCAAUCAUGGAAUCAGCAGGUGGAGUUAAAAAGGUUAUUCAUACUAUGUUGCAAGAUAAUGUAACCUCUCACAUCAGAAGUGAUGAGAUGAUAUGCAAGUAUGGAGAUGCAUUAUUUGCAAGAAAGGGCCGUGAACAAUCUCAACAUAGAUACAUCGCACAAAAGAUGAGAGAACUGGGAUGGUUUGUGUUGGCUGCAAAGAAGAUUGACAAGAGUGUGAAAAGUCUUAAAGAUAUAUGUGAUCCAACAAAGUUUGAACUGGCAGUAAAAGCAGCCAGGAGGGUGUCAAACUACAACGCAGAAACCAACGAAUAUGGAAAGCCAUCUACUGCUGUCAAAAUUGGAUUUUCUCUCAAAGGGGCAACAGAAGCCUGGAUUGGACAUUGUUUGAUGACGUCGGAUGUUUUAACUGAGAAGAGGGCCAAGAAGUUUAAGCAGCUGCUAGAUAGCUCUUGGUCCACUUUCGUGUCAACCAAUGCUCACAGCACAAUGGAACAACGGAGGUGGAACAAAGAAGACAGUGUACCUUUGACAAAGGCCGUUGUUACUCUGCAGAACUACCUGAGGAAAAUUGAGGAUGAGGCAAUGGUGGAGUUGAAAGAGUGUGCGAGCAACACCACAGCAUACAAAAAGUUAACUGAGAGCCUUCUCGCACAAAUAAUAGUUUUUAACAAGAAGCGUGAAGGAGAAGCAUCACGCUUAACCUUGGAGACAUAUCUAAAAGCCGACACCGGCCCUGUGAAUGAGGACAUAUAUGAAACCCUAUCAGCAGUGGAAAAACAACUGAGCCACAGGCUGACUCGGAUAGUGACACGUGGAAAGAGAGGUAGAAAAGUGCCCAUUCUCCUUCUUGAUCGCACAAAAACCUCUCUCGACUUCAUGAUUGAAAAACGGAAGGAAGUUGGCGUAAUUGAUGACAACCCAUUUCUGUUUGCCAGGAUCGGAACAGAAACCAAUAUUCGUGGAUGUGACUGCCUUCGGAAAUAUGCUAAAGAGAGCAAGGCAAGCCACCCAGAACUCCUUAGGUCAACCAAACUAAGAAAGCAUGUUGCUACCUUAUGCCAGCUCCUGGACCUUGAUAAUCAAGAGCUGGAACAAGUAGCUCGUUUUAUGGGACAUGACAUAAGAGUCCAUUGCGAUUAUUACCGCCAAACUGACAAAACAUUUCAGGUAGCCAAGAUUGGGAAACUACUGUUUGCAAUGGAGCAUGGAGCAAAGGCGCUUAAAGGGAAGAAUCUGAAGACACUGGACUCAGUUGUCUUUGGACAUGAAGCCACCUCAACCAAAGGCUUGAGAGGAGUCAAAGAGAGAGGGACAUCAAAUGUAGACAGACGACUGGAAGCUAAUGAUGAUGGAGAACAGCCACACCUGUCAACCACAAGCCCACCUGUCAAGAGGCCAACAAAGACUGCAACUAAAAGACAUGAUGAUGAUGGGAGUUAUGAUGAUGGGGAUGGAGAGGUGCGACAACAGACCGCCAGAAGACCACCUAUUAAGAGACAAAAGAAGACUGCAGCUAAAGGACAGGAUGAUGGGAGUGAUGAUGAUGGAGAUGGAGAACAGCCACACCUGUCAACCACAAGCUCACCUGUCAAGAGGCCAAAGAAGACUGCAACUAAAAGAAGGCAUGAUGAGAGUGAUGAUGAGAGUGAUGAUGAUGGGUGUGGAGAGAAGCGACCCUCGACCGCAACAAGACCACCUGUUGAGAGGAGAAAGAAGACUAAACGAAACUAUGAUGAAUAUUAUGAUUGGGCUUUCUCAGAUGGAGAGGAGCUACAAAUCACAACACCCCCUGUUAAGGGGCGAAAGAAGACUGCAACUAACAGAGGACGUAAUGAUGAUGAUGCUCCAAAAACACAAUUAAAGAGACCCUGGACUGACCAGGAGAGGACUGCAGUCGGGCGAAGCAUGGCAAAGUUCAUCUCGCUAAGGAGGGUGCCAGCAAAGACAGACUGCAUGCUUUGUAUUGCGAAAGAGUCUCCAGUCCUUAGCGAUCGAACAUGGAAAGAUGUUAAAUAUUAUGUCCACAAUGCAAUACUUAAAAUCAAGAGAAAGCUUGCAUUUUAAAGGAGACCUGUUAUGUUCAGUGUCAGCCAAGUUCUGUUGCUGAGCCUACAAGCAAGGCAGCACAGCCAUUAGGAGGAGGUAGGGUGAAUGGGAAAGAGGGAUGGAGGGAUAAAAGAGGCAGGGAAUUGGGAUGAGAGGAAGAAGGUGGAGAGAGAGACAGGGGGAGACGGGUAGAAAAAGAGACAGGUAGAGGGAGGG